UGCCCAGGGAAGAACACAGCUGGUGAUGACAGACCCUGUUUACUGAACACUUACUGGCCAGCUACGUGUUUUGUACAUGUUAUCCCCCAUUUACGCUGUCCUGACAUCUUCAGGGCAGAGAUGUGGAAGCUGAGGCUCCGAAAGAUAAAGAACAUACCUGCUUGCCCUGUUUGUUGAAAGUCAGACCUGGGGUGGGGAAGCGGUCUCUGCCCUUAGAGCCGCCUGCGUUGUAGAACCUGAGGCUCGCGUGCUUUGGAGCUGCUGUGGAUGGCCCUGGCUCUCUUGACCACCCUUCCGAGUAGGAUGUCACUGAGAUCCCUCAAAUGGAGCCUCCUGCUGCUGUCCCUCCUGAGUUUCCUUGUGAUGUGGUACCUCAGCCUGCCCCACUACAAUGUGAUAGAACGUGUAAACUGGAUGUACUUCUAUGAGUAUGAGCCAAUUUACAGACAAGACUUUCGCUUCACGCUUCGAGAGCAUUCAAACUGCUCUCAUCAAAACCCAUUUCUUGUCAUCCUGGUGACCUCACAUCCUUCAGAUGUGAAAGCCAGACAGGCCAUUAGAGUUACUUGGGGUGAAAAAAAGUCUUGGUGGGGAUAUGAGGUUCUUACAUUUUUCUUACUAGGCCAACAGGCUGAAAAGGAAGACAAAAUGUUAGCAUUGUCCUUAGAGGAUGAACACCUCCUUUACGGUGACAUAAUACGACAGGAUUUUUUAGACACGUAUAAUAAUCUGACCUUGAAAACAAUUAUGGCAUUCAGGUGGGUAACUGAGUUUUGCCCCAAUGCCAAGUACAUCAUGAAGACAGACACUGAUGUUUUCAUCAAUACUGGCAACUUAGUGAAGUACCUUUUAAAUGUAAACCACUCAGAGAAGUUUUUCACAGGUUAUCCUCUAAUCGAUAACUAUUCCUAUAGAGGAUUUUACCAGAAAGCCCAUAUUUCAUACCAGGAGUAUCCCUUCAAGGUGUUUCCUCCCUACUGCAGUGGGUUGGGUUAUAUAAUGUCCAGAGAUUUGGUGCCAAGAAUCUAUGAAAUGAUGAGUCACGUAAAACCCAUCAAGUUUGAAGAUGUUUAUGUUGGGAUCUGUUUGAAUUUAUUAAAAGUGGACAUCCAUAUUCCAGAAGACACAAACCUUUUCUUUUUAUAUAGGAUCCAUUUGGAUGUCUGUCAACUCAGACGUGUGAUUGCAGCUCAUGGCUUUUCUUCCAAGGAAAUUAUCACAUUUUGGCAGGUUAUGCUGAGGAAUACCACAUGCCAUUAUUAAUUUGACAAAAGCCUAGAGAAAGACAGGAUACUCUUUGGAUAAUAUUAAAAUUACUUUAAAAUCUCCAAUGGAAAACUCAUGGGAAGGUCACUGUGUUGACUUACACUGAACUGAGACUCAUGAAGUGCCCAUGGACUGGGGACUGGAGGAGUUACACUUGUGACUUAUUUAGACAAAAAUCAAGUCAGGCCCUCUAAUGGGAGGAAAUGGAAGAUUUUUGUUAAUAAAACUAAUAGGACAAAAUUAUUUGAACAUGCCAUUCUAGAAACUAGAACGUGUUAAAAGGAUUUCAUUGGAUUAUAAUCUCAUCAGUCCAUAAAAACAAAGCAAUGUGGAGUUCUAAUCAUUGAACAGAAUAGUCAGGUAAAGGUUUUGUGUAUAUCUUACAUGGGUUACCAGUUUUUAAAAAUACAUAGUUCUGUGUAAAAAAACUGAAGUUAUACUGAGCAAAAUUUCAUCCAUUUUGGUCAUUCAGAAGGUACUUCAAGAUGUUACAGCAUUUCACAGUUAUGAAUUACUGUCUAAUAUUACGUAGGACUUUCUGAUGUUUGAAUGUUAUGGUUGUUUCAAUACUUUAUAAAGAGAAUAAUGAAUCACCCUUUACAUUUGAACUUUUCUCCGGUUACUUCACUGAUGAGUUUAUUGUUUGAUAGCUCCAUUAGUGUAAAGUCAUUGGUCAUUAUUGCAUAUCAGUAAUCUCUUGGACUUUGAUAAAUAUUUUACCGUGGUAAUACAGAGAAGAAUUAAAACAAGAAGAUCUGAAUUAUUGUCUUGUUUUUAAAAAUGUAAUUCCCAGUGUUUUUAUGUCACUGCAUCUGUCUCAUUUUUCCACUUGAAAAUUGGGAAUAAUGUAUAGAAUGCCAGGCAGCAUGUUUCCUUUUGGAAAGGACUCUGAAGACAAAAAAGAAAAGAGAGAACCCAAUGGCCAGGAUAUUAUGAAUGUUAUUAUGAAUCUGUUCCAUGUGUGUUCUCAUUAACUGUCAAUUUGAGAAUAAA